AGCAAACAGCCUACGCAGCAUCAUAAUGCCUGCACAGUCUACUAAAGCAGCCAAUAUGGCCAGCAUACAAUCACAUUCACUGCAUACUGCUGCUGCCGAGCUGAAGUACGCGAGCAGUACGCAUCUGGUCGACAUCAUCAGUAAGGACGAGGACAUUCGACGACUUCGAUUUGAUAUACAUAUCCUGGAGGAUGACAACGACGAGCUGCGCGAGUUAUUAGGGCAGGAGGAGGGUCGUUGUGAUCAGUUUGAGCGACUCGUCAACGAGAAUCUGGCACGCGCCGAGGAGGCCGAGGCGCGACUAUCCGACAUUGAGACGCUGCUACGAACGCGAGAACAGGAGGUCGGCACUCUUCAGGCCGAGGCGAGAGCUUUUCAGACGACCGCAGCAGACACAGAGACGUUCUUGACGGAGAAGCUCGCCUUGACGCGGGAGCUGUCCGUGCUGAGACCACAACUGGAACACUUGAAAGCACAAGCAGGAAAUACCGAGGCCCUCAUGACCGAGAAACUAGACUUGCAGCGUCAAUUGACCGAGAUUCAAUGUGAACUGGAAAACGCGAAGCGAGACACGAAGCGGGCAAUGGCCAAGCGUCGAAAUACCGGCGUGGAGAUUGCUCAAGAAGAACAGGUUGAGCAGCUGAGACGUGAAUUAGCCAAGGAAAAGCGCGCUCGACAACGCGCCGAGGAGGCUGCAGAUGUCUCGCAAGCGGACGCCAAUGUCGACGAGGUCCGUAAGGAGCUGGCUCGAGAGAAGCGAGCAAGGCAGAAGGCAGAAGAACAGCUGGAGGCUGCGCAAGAGAACACACAGGCUGAAGAUGUGCGAAAGGAUCUGCUUAAGGAGAAGAAGGCGAAGAAUAAGCUCGAGGAGCAGAUUGAGAGCCUGCAGGAGGAGCUUGAGAAGGAGAAGAAGCGGUCUGCAAAAGCACUUAAGCAGGCAGGAGCGACAGCUACCGCUACCGCCGAGAAUGAUGAGCAGGUGGAAGAACUUCGACAGGAACUUGCGAAAGAGAAGAAAGAGCGCGCAAAGGUCGAGAAAGCCGCAGAGAAGCAGCUUGCUGAGAUCGAGGCUCAGAAGACAACAUUAGAUGAGAAGCUUGGGCAGUUCCGUACGAAGCUGAAGACCACCAAGGAGAAGCUAAAGGAGAUGGAAGCCGAGCUCGAUGCAGCACGCGAGCGAGCCGCUUCGAAUGUGCAAGCUGCCAAGAAGGCCACCAGCGCAACGACCGCAGCCAAUGCGAAGAAGCGAACUGCUGCAACCUUCGAGGCCGAUGCUACCACACUCGGCACCCCAGGCGAUGGUCCACUCGCAAAGCGUGGCCGCAAGGCACCUGCAGUCGGCGAGAAGUCGUCUUUCAGUAUCACGCCAUUCCUUAAUAGGACUGCUAGCGUUGCUCCUGAGAGCGACAACGAAGACGCAGACUCUGAUAACGAUGACAAACCUGCGAAGGAAGCCGAGGUUCUUGUCAACUCGCCUUCCGCUGUUGCAGUGACCACAAAGCAGAAGAGAGUUCCUCUGGCAUCCGCCGAUGCGAAUGUGCAGGUGAAGAAGCCUGCGCCAAGGCAACGCAAACAGAAGGCAGCAAUGCCCAUGCUUGAAAUGGUUACGGAAGAGGCCGAAAAUUUGCACAGUCAAGGCCAGGACAAUGCGCCUGCUGUGAAGCCUGCUGCGGCCAAGACUAUCAAGACAAAGGUCCACGAUGGCGAUGACCCAGCGAACCCACCUGACGCGGCACUAAAGAAGAAGCAGAAGAAGCGCAAGUCCCUUGUUGAUUUUGACACGUUCAAUAAGCCCGAGGCAGCGAAGACAGUGCAGAGUAAGAAGAAUCGCAAAUUAGGCGGUCUUGGGAAAACAUUAUUCGACGAAGAGGAUGAGAACAUCGUAGCUACGAAGGCGCUUCCUGGCAGGACCUUGCUUGGUGGUCGAGGUUUCGGAGCACUCGGCGCUGGUGCGAAGAAGGCUGGUGGGUUUCUGGGAGCGAGCAAGGUUGGAUCAUCAAUCCUAAUGACUGCACAAGAUGGAAGUGGAUUUCAGUUCUCGCCUUUGAAGAGACGGAGAGGGAAUUUGGAUGAUACUCUCCGUGGUUAAGCAGAGCUCCGUUCCACUUUUUGAGUGUGCUUCGUUCAGGACUACAGAACUGUGUUUUACUUGCUUACUAGGUAGCCAAGGUGUCACAGGCAGUACUACUUCUCCACCUUCGGCCCUUUCUAACAUCCAUAUAACGAUCUUAACC